UAUUCAAUCAAAUUCACAAUCAAAUCAAGUUGUUCGUUCGCGCUCGCGCUCGGGAGAUUUUCGUUAUAUUAAUUAUUCAACAUUCCAACAAUACUAAAAUGGCAUGGUACCGACAGCAGCCUACUAUACUGCUAGUAUUAUGUGUUCUGGCCCUCGGCAGCUGCGACUACCAGGAAAAUAUGUUUCUCAAUGGGCAAUACCAAACCGGUGUAAGGGAAAUCCGGGAAACGCAGUUUUCGGUGAACCCCACGUCGAACGUCUUCCUCAAUCAUGCUAUUAUUAGCCGACAAGCAUCGCCAUUUCAAGGUCCUACCUAUUUGCCCCCCAAGGAGUACUUGAAGUGCGCCCAGGGCCAGCAGUGUGUUCGCCAGGAACAGUGCUCGAACGGCUUCUUCAGCCAGCAAGUUCUUAGGAUCCAAAACUGCGAACCGGAAACCGACAUCUGUUGUUCUUACCGGCCUCCAUCAACAACUACCACAACAACAACCACAGCCCUACCGUUCGCGUCCUGUGCUUUAGAUUCGGACUGUGUGGCCCCGGAGAAUUGUCGCAGCGGCGAAAUCACUGCCAUUAAUUACGUUAAGAAGCAAGGGCCCAACCGCUGCUACGAACCCGAUGUUUGCUGCCGCAUGCCAUCGACUACACUGACAGAGGAGGGGUAUAUUUUUAACUUGCCGGAGAAGACCUUUCCGCUACCCACCAACCCAACAGUUCCCGCUGUUCGCACCACCCAGACUGCGCGUCUCCCGCUGCCCACCAUUACGACACCUGCCCCCCGGCCAACCAACAAAUACCUACCGCCUGAGACAACUCGGCGCCCCGCCUACCAACCCCUGCAGACCACUCUGCGUUCUGUUUAUCAGCCACCUCCCACAACCGCCCGCGCUGUGACGCAGCCUCCACGCCCCCAACCAACGCAAGUCCAGCCUUUGCCAACCCGCCGCCCCAUCAACGGGUACCUUCCUCCAGUUUCGGUCAACGAAAUUCCACAUCGUGAAAAACCAGACUAUGAACAGGAUCGUGUGCCCCAGCCGUCGAAUGAGAAGCCAAUAUAUCGCGGAGAGGACCAGCUGUCGCCUCAAAUCUUUCCAACUCCUCAAACGCCAAAUACUCCAAAACACUUCGCUAAAUGCGCCUCGGCUCUAGUCUGCACCUCCGAAAAUUACUGUAAUGCCAUUGGGGUACUUUCCGAUACUCCAAUCGAGCUAACACCAAUGGAAGCUGCAUUCCGUGUUCCUUUAACUGACUGCCUUCAGAUAGAGACGGGAACGCCUGGCAAGUGCUGCCGGGACCCGAAUUACGUUGACCCUUGGCCGGUGAAUUUGGCUGGCGUGUGCGCCACAAGAAACAAGCGAACAAAACCUACGGGAGUCAAGGAUUUAGAUGCCAACUUCGCCGAAAUCCCGUGGCAAGCUAUGAUUCUUCGCGAAUCUAGCAAGACAUUGCUUUGUGGCGGCGCAAUAAUAGGCGACGAAUUUGUGCUGACCUCUGCUAAUUGCGUCAACGGAAUCCCAGUAAAUGAUAUUCGCAUCAAAGCCGGUGAGUGGGAACUGGGUAGCACAAACGAGCCAUUACCAUUCCAGUUGACUGGUGCCAAAAGCAUAGAUGUGCACCCAUCGUACGACCCCUCCAGCAACGCUAAUGAUUUGGCUAUUAUCCGACUCGAGAAGCGCCUGGAGUUCGCAACCCACAUUCAACCUAUAUGCAUUAGCGACGAGGACCCUCAGGUAUCUGAGCAAUGUGUCACCUCCGGAUGGGGCAAACAGGCACUAUCAAUCCAUGAGGAGGGCGCCAUCAUGCAUGUGACAGACACCACGGCGCAGGGUCGCAGUGACUGUGGUGCUGAUGCAAGCAGUGUGUGCAGCGCCACAAAGUUUGACGCAUGCCAAUUUGACGUGGGCAGCGCCCUCGCCUGCGGCAGCGGAUCUAAUGUCAGACUAAAGGGUAUUUUUGCGGGCGAGAGCUCUUGCGGGGAUGGGCAGACUGUACGAUUUGCUAAGCCCGACAUAAAGUGGAUUAACACGGCUUUUGCCGACCGCAAUAAGCCUCUGCUGCUAAAGCGUUUUUAAGAUAAAAGGGGUAAAAGUGAGAAGAAAGGGGUGAUGAAAAAUCGGAGUAGUUUCGUUAUACCUUGUGAAAUUCGUCCAUCAUUGCGGUUCUGCAAUUCUUAGUCCCACAGUCUGCCAUGCCCACACUAUAGAUAUUUAUUCACACAACGAACAAAAAAACCUGAGCAGAUAUACGAACCUUAAAUUUCCAUGAAAUAUAUCUUGUUUCAGCAUUCACACUAAAAAUAAUAUGACAAGAAUGAAAUUCCGGAAAUACAUAGUAUGAUAGUUUGAAUUCAACAGAAAUUAUUAUUAAUUUUUAAAGAACUAAUGCGGGAUGAAUACUAAAAAAUGAACUAUAAGCUUAUUAAUUUUUUGAUUAUACAAGGAAAUUGAGAUUAUAUUAUUGUAGUUGUACCGAUAAAAUUACCACCUUAUAAACACACUAUCAUUUCUCAACUGCAGCAUCUACACAUAUUUUUACUUUUAUUUAAAGAUAUUCCUAUAUCGUAAAUCGUGUAUAUGCUUUUAUGUUAAAAAUGUUGUCUAAAUUUAGUCUAUAAUUUAAUUCUUAAAUAAAUAAAAAUUACUUAGAAUUAUAAAAA